AUGCAAUCAACAACAUCACAAAAGUAGGUAUCUUUUGUUCCCUUAUGAUAAAGUAGUGGGCAAAAACAACAAACUAGAAAUUAAAUAGUGUUAAGAAAUGAAGAUCAAAGGAAUUACGAUAGUAGUAUAUUCAAAGUUUUGACACUUUGUUGAUUUUGUUUAAAAGUUUUUGCUCAGAAAAAAAUGAUAUUAUCAUUGACAUCACCAAACACAUCAUAGUCAAAACUAAAUAUUCAUACUUCAUGGAAGGUUUUUCGAUGAGGAAUGUGAAGGGCUUAUGACUAUUAUCACGGUUCUUGUGCUCUCGCUCGGGAAUAGCGAAAAAUAGGGUUUUGUGCGAUUAUUCGGAGUGAAAAAUUUGAUUAUGAACUUGAACAAUGUUCUUUAUUCGGGUUUGGAUGCAGAAACUUUUGGUCUUUUGCGUGGAAUACUGUUAUUGGGAUAAAAUUUUUUAAUUGGUUUAUAGGUUUUUCAUUUCUAUUUCCUACUUAUUUAUCGACAAAAAAAAUUGUUACCUAAAAUUUUAUAUUUACCAUGACCAACCCUCCUAAUCUACAACUUUUUCAGAUGUAACGACCUAAUGGUCCCAGCAGACGACGAAAUGUUGGCCGAAACCUCAGCCCAAGCACUGAAAAACGAAAAUGUGUGUCAUAUUGAAUACCCGCCAAGACCACCAUCGUUGAAGUUGGUCAAGAAUAAGAAGGUUGGAUCAUCGGUAAAAGCCGUCGGAAUCUUAAAAUACGUUGAGGAUUUUGAAAUCCUUGAAGUUUUAGGCAAAGGCUUUUUUGGAGUCGCUUAUAAAGUAAGUUUUUUGCUGGUUUUGUUGUGUUUUUAGGUCACAAUCAAGAAAAGUGUAUGUAUACCUAUAAAAAAAUUAAGUUUGUUGUAAUAGACUGAGAUUUGGAGUGUUUUGUGACGCAUUUCGCCAAAAUAAUUGUUUUAUUAUGUAAACCGACAUCUAAAUCAAGUUUUUGACACGAAAUUAUUAAAAAUCAACUUUUUUCAUUAAGGAUAACAUAUUUUUUCUUUCAGGUCCGCGAAAAACGUCUUCACAACGGAAAACAUGGCCCAACGCCGGUCUUAGUGAUGAAAGAACCCGUAAUAACCGGUAACCAAAGCCGAUCAACAGCGAAAAAGAUAGUAUCGGACGAAUAUUACAUGUUAAGAACGCUGAGACAUUCGAAUAUCUUAAAAACGAGGGGAAUUUGUGUACAACAAUGUGAUGCUGAAUGGAAAUUGAACUUACUGGUCGACUUUUGUGAUUCUGGGAGUCUACAACAGACGAUACUGAACACAAGCAUUGAGUUCGAUUGGUGGUAUCGAUGCCAUAUUGCACUUGACAUCUGUUCAGCGAUGGAUUUUGUGCAUCGAAAGGGCUUUAUGCACCGGGAUUUGACUAGCAUGGUGAGUAUGAGAUGUUUAAGGAGCUUCAGAGCAAUAUAAUUAAAGUUUUAAGGGUUAAAUGAGGGAGAUAUUAAGGUUAUAAGGCAUAAAAUGACAAUCUUUGGGGCUAAAAUCUUGUAUAAAUAAUAUUGUGUGUCUUUUGAAGGCUUUUAAGUGCUCUUUUGGCAUAAUUUUAAGACCUAAAACAAUAUGUUUUUUUUCAGAACAUUCUCCUUCAAUCUCAAUACCGAUCUCAUCCCAAAGCCAUCGUCGCCGACUUUGGCUUAUCAUGUAAAACACCUCAGAAGGGUGAAAUCAAACAACAAGUCGGUACUCAGAACUGGAUGGCUCCAGAAAUGCUGAUGGAACGAUUCUACGAUGAGAAGGCCGAUGUGUUCUCAUUUGGCAUUAUUUGCUGUCAAAUGAUCGCUCGGCUAGACGCUGAUCACGAUGCUGGACUAUAUCGAACACCAUCGUUUGGUUUGGAUUAUGUUCGGUUCACAGCACAUUGUCCUUCUGACACUCCGUUGAGUCUUCUGAAGACGGCUUUCUUGUGUUGUUUGGUCAGUUUUGCGGGGUUUUAUGGGCAAUAUUGUGGUAGGGGAUCGGUCGAACGAAAUUUUCUACCUUUGCUUUCACUUUGAUUUUUUAAAAAGAUUUUUUAGAAUUUUUUUGAAAAAAUAUUGUUAAAUUGGCUGUAGAAGGGUUUUUAUGUGGAUUUUGUGGCUUUUUAAAUGAUUUUAGGUAACAAUUUUGCUCUUGAAGAAAACUGAGGGUACUACAACCUUUUUUGCAAUUUUGUACUGAAAACCCUUAUAAUUUUAACUUUGAAACCAUUUGUGACAUUUUCAGUGGAACUCCGAAUCCCGUCCCUCAUUCGGCGACCUAUACCGGCGGCUGAAAGAAAUAGUACGUACUGAUCUCCCGAAACUCCUCGAAAACACCCUAACCGAUCAAAUCCGCAUCGGCCGAUCUCACUCGGACGCCGAAAUUCGCCCAGCAGUAAUCCCACCGUUCCCAUCGAAACGAUUCCUAUGCGAAGAGAACUCGAUCCCAGAGGGCGUGACAGUAUCAGUGACGUUGGAUACAGAACCAUCAACUCCGGUCGACGAGAAUGCCAGCUUAAGCAGUGCGGAUCUUGAUCAACGGUUAAGGCAGUUGGCUAAACAUGUGGCCGAAGAGGAUCCGGAUUAUCAGGUAGGCGGGGGAGAGUUUUUUUGAGAGGGGGAGGAGGGAGAUUAAAAUUUUUUUUCAAAAAACGAAAAAUUUUUAAAUUAAGCUGUGUUUUUGUAAAAUACGCUCUCUGCAAGUUUAAAUUUCAAUUAUAUUUUUAGGAAUCAUCGAUGAAUCCUUUCUCAAAACACGAUCGCUACCGAUCAAUGAGGAAGAUCAAGCCAGGCGACUUGAAUUUCCUCCGAAAAUUCAACUCAAAGCCAACCGAAAACGAACCGAUUCUCGAACCCGAGGACUCAGAAUCACUAAACACAACGUCAAAUUCAAGGAAGUCUAGCAUCAAAAGGUGUAGAAGCAUGCCACAACUACUGUUUACUCCGACGACUAACUGUAAUAGAAGCCCUCCGUUGCAUAAAGUAUCAAAAAGAUCAUUUACAUUGGGAUUGGGAGAGCAGAGAGAGCUUCAGGGAAGAAUUACAAUGACUUUUAGGUAGGGAAUUUUUUUUGAGGGAUAUUGGUGGGAAACGGGCUGGACCGGUCUUGAGUUAAAGUUGCAACGGACUGUGCCCGAAAGUUACCCUUCUUUACUGUAUCCUACAUUAAAGUAUGACUUACCUUUACCCUACCUUACCUUACUCUAACAUUCCUAUCCUUUCCCGUUUUUCCAUGCACUGCACUACCUUACUCUACCAUACCCUCUCUUUCCUGCCUUACCAUACCCUACUAAUCCUUUAUUCAUUUCCAGAGACUACGACAUGAAAUUCACAAAAUCCACUUCAAAAUCAAGUCACCUACAAUCAGUACAGGAUGUGAACAUCACAGCAUCGGAUGAAUCCUUGAACAAAGACCUGUUUCUGAUGGAUAUUGAGAAAGCGGCACGAAAGAAUGAAACUUUGAAUUCAGAAUCUGAGUAUUCAGAUGCUGAAGAAGGCAGCGAAAUCUUGUCGGCCGAAAAAAUCUUUGAAAAAGAUGAAAAUAGGACCAGAUUACAGAGAUUUGAGAGUCCGGUAAGGAUUGAAACGAGGAGUUUUUGGGGGAUUAAGGGUUUUUACAGUAAACUAUUGUGGAAGGAAAUUUGUCUCAAUUUUCAGGUAUUCGAAGAAGAACAAGUGUCACUACCGAAGAAUGGCUACAAAUUGCCCCCUAAAUCAAAAUCCGUCUCAUUCUACAGUACCAAAUCUCCGAAAUCAUCGGUCAAAUCGAAAAAGAACCCAAUCAAAAGAUUCUCAAACACAUUCGACAGCUCUCAAUGUACCAUUUGCUAG